AUGCGUUGUUCUAUUUAUCGUAGAAUCACUUGGAGGUCAUUAGCAAGCAUCUCGCAUAUUGUUAACAAAUUGUCACCAUCGCUUGGAGCUCAACAGCAAUUAAUUAUUUAUCGUCUUUGUAUAGCUAUUUCGGUACUUUUGCGGCUUGCUUUUGAACAACAUCAUAGAAUCAGUGAAUACAAUCUUAAAAUUUUGAAAAAUCUAAGAAGGGAUGUGUCUCGACGCUUUAGAGAGAUAUUCCACGCAUUUCAAAAUCGAAAAUACACUCUUGAUGAAAUCGUUUCCAUUUUCAACUACUAUAUUAGUCCAUAUUGUAAUGCCACUAGUGAUAAUAAUGAUGUUAAUCAUAAUGGUGUUAUCGCACCUCUUGGUAUAUUGCGUUUGUUUUUCUCAUGGACGCAGACACCGUUGUUAUUUUAUUUGCUGCAAGUGCGUAUUUCAUCAGAUCAAACACCAUUAUCAAUCAUUUGUAAUACUGCAUUGUCGAAAUCAACGAAUGCAAUUGCACGGAAAUUAAUUGUCAAAAGUUUGUUAAAUCUUUUGAAUUUUGCCGACGAGAAGCAAAUGGAAGUGCCGGAAGGGCUUGAUUUGGUGAAUGUCUCUCGUAUAAAAGGAGUGAAUCUUGGUACAUGUAUGCUUUUGGCUGAAUUGCCUAAAUUGCUGCAGUUUAUUGUGCUUUCUCUGCCUGCGCCUGGCGAAAAAAAAAGAAUCGAAGCUAAAUUUAUCGAGAUUCUUAAUAAAUUAGGUUCCUUUGUGUCAGAUGGGACGAUAGGCAAACGUUUUGUAGCAGUUUUAUUGGCAAAUAUCGAAACAUAUCGUAUUAAUGAGGAUACUUUUUUGACGUUAAUGUCAACAAUUACUCGCUUAAUUCCAUCACUCGAGAAUCCACGAAUUUUCCUGUCGUCUUUGGCUCAUUUAUACUCCUCUGUGAAGUCUCGUAAUUGCCGUGAAAGCUUGUCUUUGGUGACGGAUGCAAUAGCGUUGAAAAUUCAUGACAAUGAGCUUCAGACUUCUCGUCUUUUAUCUUAUGUUUCAGAUUUAAAUGCUUGGGAUAGGAGAAAAAUUGAUGAACCAGAUUAUGAUCGUAGACAUAAUGCAUAUAUAAAUCUUAAUCAGGUUUGGUUAUCUCAAGAGCGCGUUGACUUGGCGUUAAUCGAAAUUUUUUCCCACAACCAUUUUUUCACAUUGACUAUGGCUGAUAUCGCUCUUAAAUCUGCAGUUUCAACUAAUUUUCGACAUUUAUUCAACUAUAUGAGUAAAGGGCCAUUUGACGAUGAGAUGAAAAUAGAAAUUUUGGAGAAACAUUUUAUUCCCUUAAUACUUAAAGGCCUUAAUUCAGAGAAAGAGGUGGUCCGUCACGAGUUUAUUCCGCUCUUAGUUGCCUUGAUAAAUAGCUUUCCCAAUCAUCAUCAGUUAAAAUAUUUGCAAUAUUUAUCUCACAGUGAUGUCGAACUUGAUUUCUUUGAAAAUAUUAUAAAUAUGCCAUUCGAAAUUUUGCUUCGUUUUAUGCUUCCGCUUCUUCGACCUUAUGUGCUCGAUUUCACGAGUAAAACUUCUGCGCUAAGCGAUGAAGCAAUUCGUUUAUUAUCUUAUAUAAUGCGUUUAGCUCCAUGGAAAAGGUAUUAUACGAUAUUAGAAUUUUAUAUCAAGCAAAUUUCCAAGGAGAAUAUUAAUCGAAAAGCUAUAAUAAGAAUAAUUGUUGCGAUUAUCGAUGCUUUUCACUUUGAUAUCACUUUGGACGAAGAAAGUAAAAAAAAUUCUAACGCGAUCGAAAAAGAUUUUAUUAAUAAUAAUAAUAACAAUAAUGCUUGCGAAAACGGUGAAACAUCACAAGCAAAUGAUUUGAAUGGCGCAAUUUCGUCGAUGAGUAAAAAAAUUGUUACUUAUCUUAUACCUCGUUUAAGAGACUGUGCUACUGGCAAGGAUCUUCUUGCUCACCGAAAAGCUGGCCAAGGGAAAUAUUACAGUGAAGACGAUGCUAUCACCAGAGCCCCAAUAGCAUUAGCCACCGUAAAACUCUUGCUGAAAUUGCCUCAAAAAAUAUUGGAUGAAAACUUGCACGGAAUUAUUCUUAAAUUGUGUUCUUUACUGAUGUCAAGAUCUAUAAAUAUUCGAGAAUCAGCUCGAAAAAUAAUAACGAAUAUUUGUGAAACGCUUGGUUCGAAAUAUUUGCCCUUUAUCAUUAAAGAAAUUAAAUUAAAUUUGAAAAAGGGUUAUCAGACGCACGUAAUGAUUUUCUCAAUCCAUGCUAUAAUAUAUGCAAUGGAACCUUUUUUAAAUCCAGGUGAUUUAGAUCCUUGUCUUGAUAAUGUUAUCGAGGUAUGUAAUAUGGAUCUUUUUGGUGAUAUAGCAGAUGAAAAAGGAGUCAAUACUAUCAUAAAGAAUGUGCCAGAAGCCAAAUCUGGUCGUACUUAUGAAACAUAUAUAUUGUUGGGUCGCUUUAUUAGUACUGCUUUGCUCGGCAAGGUUUUAGCACCACUAAAAGAAAUAUGUGAAAAUCAUCCGUCUUCGACUGCAGUAAAAAAAAUCGGACGUUUACUAAAAAAUUUUGCCAUUGGGUUGAAUUCUAAUCGUGCAAUAGAUCCGCCAGUUUUAUUAAUUUUUAUAUUUCAAACAUUAAAAGAUUAUAUUUGUGACAUGACGAAUGAAUUAGGCGCAACGCGAAAUGAAGAUUCACUGGGAAGAAGAGAAAAAAAUUGUCUCCUAUUGGAAAAGGAACCGACAAGAAUCGGAGUGGUAGUAAAGAUUUCCGUAAAAAGCAGAUCAUCCUUAUUCAUAGAAUUUGCUUUGUAUUUGUUGUCAUUAUGCGUAAAAUCAGGGAAAUUCGAUUCAGAAAAGGAUGAAGAUAUUGCAAAACUUGAUCCCUUCAUCAAUAUUAUUCAGCAAUGUUUGUUGUUCAAAUAUGAUAAGAUAGUUAUUAAUAGUUUACGGUGUUAUUUAUCAUUGUUAAAAUUUCCACUGCCGUCAAUUCGUAUCACAAUAGAAGCUUUUAUGAAUUGUAUGUUCGUCUUAUUAUCAGAAUAUGCUAUAGCUGGUGCUGCUAGUAAUAAAGGUGUCAGUCUGGAACUUAAUCAGUUGCUUUUUAGGAUUUUUGCCAUUGUAAUCAAAGAUGCACCGACUCUCGUAUUAUCAAAGGAACGUUUACAAAUUCUCUUAGCGUAUAUUGAGACGGAUAUUGUUGAUAAUCAAAAACAGGCAACAGCUUUUUCACUUAUCAAGUCGAUCAUUUCUCGGAAACUUACUAAUCAGAAGAUUCCAAGCUUAAUUAAGUAUUUGUCUGAACUUUGCGUUACAUCAGAAAUUUCUCACAUUAGAACCCAAUGUCGGCAGGUAUUAUCUCAGUUUAUCGGCAACCAUCCACAAAGUAAGAAAUCGAAAAUCUAUACAGACUUUUUUUCAAAUCAAUUAGAAUAUGAAUAUGAAGAUGGUCGGAUAUCGGCCAUAGAGAUGCUAAAUAUACUUUUUGAAACUCUUCCUCAGACGGAUGUGGAUGAUUGUUGUAUUGUAUCGUUUAUGAAAAUGGCUAUCCGAUUAGUGAAUGAAGAGAGCGAAAUUUGCAACAAAUUAGUUGCUCUAGCGAUAAAGCGAUUAUUAUCAGUAGUAUCUGAUUCCAAACUUAAUGAUCUAUAUUUGGCUUCGAGAGAUUGGCUGGAAUCAAAAAAUGAUUCGCGAAGAAGUAUUGCAAUGCAAAUAUUUGUUCAGUUCGCUGAAUCAAAAGGAGAAGUUUUUUUUAACAGUAAAGCUGAAAUUUAUCGGCUUAUUGUUGACGUUUUAAAAUAUAGUUUCUUGAAGAAGUGUACAGAGAAGAACUUAACGCGUAUAUUGGAUUCUUUUAAUUCCAUUCUUCUUAAUUGUCCAGUGAGCAGUCGAAAAUAUAUCGAUGAUGGUCUCUUAAGUUCAAUAUUGAAAGAAAUGGUUUUAAUUGGAAAAAACCUUGAUUUUUUACAAAUACAAACAUCAGUAUUAUGCUUGAGUGGACAGCUUUUCUCAUUAUUCAAUGAACGAUUCCCAUUAUUGGAUCCAUCUUUACGAGAAUUAAUUGAAUGGACAUGUUGGCAACUAAAAUAUAGAAUCCAAAAUGAUGCAAUGGCUGAUCAGGCCACAAAAAAUAUCGUUUCUUUAGCGAGUGCGCUAACAGCAAAUGAUGAUGUUAAAUGGAUGUGCCAUCGUCUUAGUUCCAUUUGUAAAUAUGAAAUUGUUCGUCAGCCGAAUAAAGCGAUUAAGCGUCUGAGCAUAUUUAAAUUAGCAGCUGUUUUAUUGCUUAAAGCGGAUCGUGUACAUAUUGAUGUGAUUGUUGAAAUUUUUCUACCUUUACUUUAUAGAGAAAUGCAAGGAAAAUCUGGUAAAAAUAUAGAAGAAUUACAAGGUACUGCUUCUGAAGUUGCUGAAAUAUUUAAAUCAAAGCUAGGAGAGGAAUUGUUCACAACAAAACUGAAUGAAUGUCAAAAAAAAUCGGCAUUGAAAUACGAAUCGAGGAAGAGAAAACAAAAAGAAGAGACCGUCACAGACCCAAUUCUUGGUGCUUUACGAAAGCAAAAAAGAAAUAAAAUGAAGACAUCUGCUAGGAAAAGAAAAAUAGAUGCCGCGAAACCUUACCGUAUUUCGAAAAAACGGUUAAAAUUGAAUGGUGAAUGA